UAUAAUGACGUUUAAGCUUUUAAUUGGGUGAAACAGUGAACAGCUGCUUUACUUCAAGUGCAUGGUUAAAUAAAUCAUAGUUUAUUUCUUAUACUCUUUGGCUGAUCAUUGGUGUCAAAACUUGGAAAAUUUGUGCGCGACUUCGUGGGUUACUCGAUACACUGUUUGGUGUGGUUUGGUGUACCUCAUCAUCGUUGGUCGUGCUUCUGACAUAUUAUAUAUCAGCGUGUUUUGGUGCGUUUGCUUUGCCUUGUUUCUACGUAUGAUUUGUGACAUUGAUUCUGUGUAAAUAGAAGGAUUUCCAAAAUCCCCCACUGAUUUUAUCUCGUACAUAUCCCGCGUGUGUACCGGCUUCUGUUAAUUGCUAUUUGAUGUAUGGUCGAUGUGAAUUUACGAGUCAGAGCAAUAACAUGUCUGAAUUCGAUCGGCAGCGGGAUCCCAGGCAAAAGAAGUUUUUCGGCAUGCACAAUAAGGAUAGAAGAGAUCAUGGCACAUGGGGGUUGAGGAGGAUGCCUAUUAUUUUAACGAAACCUGGUCGCGAGAGGGACAGAGAUGGUGAUUCUGAGAAGGAUAGAUUGAUGGAUAAUCGUAGCCCUGCAAAACCGUUAUCACAACCUACCCCAACAAUUAUUUUAAGAAAUAGGGAUGCAGAGAACAGGCCAGCCUCCCAACAAUCUGCCCGACCUACGACAGUCUUGAGGAAGGAAUCAGAGUCUCAGCCAGUAUAUCAGUUAGCUGGCAAACAUGGUCAUCCUGAGAGUGCCAACCCCCUGGCUCUGCCGCCCACGAUGAAGGCUCCAGUGAAGCUGCUGGACGACACACUCCAGCUGAGCGAUGCCGCACUGGAGUUCCUAGUGGAGCAGCCGGACUUUGUGGUGGUGGGACUGCUUGGGGCGCAGGGCGUGGGCAAGUCCACUGUGGCCUCCCUGCUGGCCAGCGGUGGCGAUCCGACCGCCAGCCUCAGAAAACCCUUAUUUAGGGUGCAUGGGCAAGAACAGUUUGAGUAUGGUACGCAUUGUACCAACGGGAUUGAUAUGUUGGUUACCUCUGGUCGUAUGAUCAUUUUGGACUCCCAGCCGUUGUUGUCAGCCUCAAUAAUGGAUAAACUUAUCCUACAGGAAGGGAAAAAAUUUGGACCUGGUCCCCCUGGGUCAACAGGUGGUGGGGGAGCUCCUGACUUCUCAUCCACGGAGAACACUGUGGAGGUCCAGUCUUUGCAGCAGGCAGCCUUCCUACUGUCCGUGUGCCAUAUUGUCAUUCUUGUACAAGAUUGGGCCUUUGAUCCCAACAUUGUCAGAUUUUUGCAGACUGCUGAGAUGUUGAAACCUUCAACACCAACUACUGCAGAUGAUGAAAUUAUAGAAUACUUCCCCCAUGUGUUAUUCCUACAUAAUCACUGCAAUCCAUCUGAUUUUGGGCCAAGAAUUGUAAAAAUAUUACAGGACAUGUACAACAAGAUGUUUUUACGCUCAAGACUUCAAAUCCAAACUGGAAUUGGAAUUGCCACAGGCGAAGUGUUGGAGUAUCUGAACUCCUCCACCUGUGGUGAACCCAUUAAUCUUUUCCUACUUCCUGAUCUCACUAGAGAAUUGACAUCGGAUGAAAAUGAAGAUGAAACGACAGCAACGUCAAAACUCUUCUCUGGGCACCCUGGUCUGGGUAUGCUUGUGAACUCUUUACGCAAUCAGUUGUUGGGCUCCGACAUUCAGCCGCUCACUCAUGCUACUCUUACUGAGAAGAACUGGUUCCAUUACACAGCGAAGAUAUGGGAGCUGGUAAAGAAAAGCUCGUUUUUUUUGGAGUACAGCCGCUUGCUGCCAUAAUGGUGUGAGACUACGGUGCAGCGAUGCUGACCCAGAGGAAGCUUGCCCUCUUGAUGAGGCUUCUGGCUUGAAGAGGCUGUGAUGAAGCCCCCAGAUGCAUCCUCCGUCUUACUGAGGAGCUUGGUGAGGAUCGCAGGAAGCUGGUUGCAAGUGUCAGAUGCGCUCUGCUCACUAAGUUCCUAUUUGCAGCACAGGGCUGCAUUUGCCAGGUAUGGUGGUAUCUCUUGUUGUACCUUAUGUCAGAAGAUCAGGCUCAUUAAAGUAUGGCUUUUAUUCAAAUGUAACAACUUUCAUUUGCUGCAUUCAGAGAUUGUGGUUUGAGUAAACAUUACUUCUCUGCAUAUGAUAAAUAAUAAUGAUAUGUAGUGAUAAUUUUUCUCAUAUUAAAACCCUUUUUCAGUUUGUUUAGAAUGAAUUGAAAGAAAACUUUCCUUGUGUAAAUUAGUAUUUUUGAUUCCGAUUAUGACACUGAAAAAGAUUCACUGUGGAAUACCACUUGUGGUUGUGAAUUGAUGCCAAUGAUUUUGUGUAGAAAUUUGUCAGAAGAAUAUUAAAAACCAUUCAGGAAAUGAAAAGAAUACUACGAACAUUUGAAAAUUCUGAAACUUUUUUCUUGUGAAUGUCAUGUUUUGUAAUUUGUUUCCUCUUAGAGAAGCAUCCUGCGUUUUUAACAGAAUAAUCUCUGGGAUUGGCUUAAAUUUGACCAUUUGAUUUUUUCGUAAUUGAAAACUGAAAUUCAUCUGGGAAGUUAAUCUCAUAUUUGUUUUGAUCUCUGACCCAAGAAUUUAUGUAUUAUUUCAAAUCUUUAAUAUCUAAAGUUCUAUAUUACAUAAGAAAUAUAGCUUUCUUUUUUGUACAAUUUUUUAAUACAUUUUUAUUAUAAAAUGUAUCAAUGUACAUGUACUAGAUAGUAAAAAAGAACAAAUUAAUGUAAUAGACAGUUUUAGACAAAUGUUCAUCUUGUUACAUUGCUUCUAGUUUUCUAGUACUCAUUUGAGAUACAUUCAAAAUAAAAUUGUAAGUUCAAAAUUAGAUUAUUGCUUCACGUUUCUUACUUGUAAUUGGUUCUAAAAAUUUCGCAUAAUGGUUUAUUUAAAAAUGUGUGUACAUUAUUAUAAAUUAUUUUGUUCUACAUUGUGUGUUUUAGUACAUUCUGGGUGGAUCAUGUGUGCUUUAGUUGAAAUUACACAUAAAAAGCUGCUACUUAAAUUAUGCUUUUAUAAGGGCAUAAGUGUUCUAUAAUUAGAAAUUCCGUGCUAAACAAAUUAAGUGUCUGAGGAUGAUUUUCAUUUGUUUUUUGGGAAAUGCUGUUGGUUGGAACAGGAAUAACUUAAAUUCAUUCUGAAGUUAGUUGUAAAUUGUCCAUAAUUGGAUUUAAAAAAUUACAAAAUAUUCCAGGAUUAAAUUCAAUUUUUGUGAAAUUUUCAGAUUGCUAAGCAUGUAUUCUUUUUGUAUGUUCAUUGUCUGAAGGUAGUGAUUAUGAAAGGUGCUUAUUGACAUUUGAAAAUGCCAACUAUGUGAGGGCAAGUCAGACACACAAGUCUACAGAUUGGCUGUCAAGGCACAUUGAAAUCUCAAUUGGGUUUGGGAUAUUUUUACUUGUGUAGAUUGUAGGGUGUAUUAUUAAUUCAUUCAAACCACAAUAUUAUAAUAAACAAUAAAUAUCAACAUUAUUCUUUCUGAUAUUUUAAAGCAGUUUCAUGCUUAAAUGCACAAGGUCUUUCAGUUCUUUCAUCUGAUUAAUGGUGAAGACUAAAGGUAUUGAAUGAUGGGGCCUUUUCAUCUAAAAUUAUAAUGUAAUGAAAAUGGUUAAUUUUGGAAAGGUCAUAUCUUCAAUAUUCUUCUCUAUUCUAACUAAACACAGAAUCCACAAAAUUAUAUUCUUGAACAGAUGUUUGGAUUUUGCACUUGUAACACAUCAAAAGUGUAUUUUAAAUUGAAUGGUGAACUAAACUCUUUAUUUGUAAAGAUUGAAGAUGUAUCUUAUUUGAAAUAACUGAAUAAAUUGUGCACUGCAGAUAAAUUGAGAAAUCCACAAGUUAGUUUUUAUUUAGUCUUUAAGAGAAAUAUAAAAUUCACUUGGAACCAGUAGUCGAACACGUGGAAAAACAAGUUUUCUUAAGUUCGUAUAUAGCUGAAAGAUUCCUAAGAGUUUAUUGGGAGAAAGGUCAGAAAUUCAAGAACUUGAGACAGUGGAAGAAGUUACUAAACUUAGAAUACUGAUCUAAGAUUAGAUUAGUAUCUAUGUUCAUUCUAGUAAAAUAAAUAUGUUCAACAUUGGAACUUAAUUAAGGAGUAUCUUAAUUGUGGCAUAUUGAUUGUGAUGUCAAAACAGGGACUGCUUUGAAUAUUGUGAAGAAUUUGAAUAUCUGUAGUAUCAACAUUGCAGUUUUUUUUUUAAAUAAUUAAUUUGAAAAAAUUUUAAUUCUACUGAUGCUUAUGGAAUGAGAGGGAUAAGUCAUGGAGUCACAGGAAAGUUGUAGUUCAAAAUUGAAAACAAAUUUUUCUUUUUGCUUUGUGUAUUCAGAGUUGUGUAUUGUUAAUUCACACUUUUUUCUUCCUUGAACAUGUUUGAAAAAAUUGCAUUUGCAGUUGUGAACCCUGACUAUUUGACCAAACUUUUAUAUAAUAUGCCGGAUUCCAUUUGAUGAACAAUGACUGCAUCAUUUGAAUAGUACCACACUUUUUCGAGUUCAAAAAACUAAUCCCAACUUAUUCAUGGUUUUUGGAGUAGUUCAGAGUUCAUAAAUGGAUUCAUGAAUAAUAUAAUAAUUAAUAUUCUGAAACUUACAUAAAUUACAAUGAAAAAAUCAGUUGUGUUCAUUUUGUAAAAUCUCUAUCUAUACGUUUGUGUACCACUGAGAAAUAUUACUUUCUUUUGUUUCCAAGAGGUUGUCAAAGGUAUAUUAAAGUUUGUGUGGUAAGUUUGAUUCAGGUUGUACUUACAGAUAUAAAAUUUACACAUAUGCAAAUGAGAUACAGUAUACUUUACUUUUCAUCUGGCUGAGGUAUACCCAUGUGAGAACUUACUAAUUGCAAUAUGUAGUAAUAGUCAUUACAUGUUUUAAUACAUUUUCAUAAUGAAAUUGAAUAAUGUAUACAUACUUGAGAAAUACCCUUGCUCUAUUUUUACGAAAAGGAAUCUUGAAAAAGAAAUUGUUUUCACUUUUGUUGCAAACAAAUUGUUCCAUUUCUUUAUUAUGUUAUUAAUGUUUAAACACAAUCCUGUACUAAUCGCUUGUACCACGUGUGCAGCCAAUGGUACGAUUGAAUUUCAGGUCAGCACACUCAGUGUCUCAGACUUGAAUGAAAUAUAAACCCAUGAUAACCAUGGUUUUCUUUUCUAUUAAGAACCCUUUCCUGGUAAGCAAGAGCUUUGGUGUGGGCAUUACAGCACCAUGUGCUUGUUCAUCAUCAGUAGGGCUUACCAAAGAAAGAUCUAAUAUCAUGUAGCAAAAGGCAUGCCCCAAUGUAUAAAUAUAUCUUAACAGAUGGAUGAACCAGUUUUCCAGAAACAAGUUUAGAACUGUAUCUUGUCAUAAACUUAAAUAAUUUUUUACAUAAAUAUAGAAUGUUGUUUGUUCAAUGCAUUUGUUCUUUUUCUUAAUUCUCCUUCCCAUUCCCAAAUAUUAUGACAUGAACAAAUUAUAGCAUUCCAAUCUUGGUUAACUAAGCAAAAUUAAAGCAUAGAAUUAUUUUCAAGAAAAUAUUUUUGUACUGAUGGUUCUGUUCUUUGUUUUUCAAUUAAAGAACCGAUACUGUCAUAACACACUUAAAUGUUUCUACAAAUAUUUUACAUUGCAUUUUAGGAAUAAACAUUUAUUUCCUCAUGAAUUUAUACUGCAUAUUUUUAAGAUUUAAUUUUGAAUAUCAAAUGGCAUUUUACUGCAUAGAAAUUCAGGCUCUAAUCAUCACUCUUGUCGUCGCUGGCAAAAAAUGGUUGCCAUUGACGGGGUAAUCAUCAUCUUGCCACAGCAAAUCAUCCUCAAUACUGACCAUUGAAAGUGUAAUACUGCACUUCUUAACCCUUUACUAUCCAUAUGCUACAUACUGUUUGUCCCCAAGAACACACUAAAUUUCACACACCAACCAUGGAACACAGUCAUCUGAAUUAAUGAUGUAAUUGCGCUUUGGUAUAGCAUUAACGUGUUUAAUUCAAAACACAUACGCAGUUAUUUGAAAGUGUCUUUAUUUUCUAAGGUUUAAAAUUUUAAUUUCUUCUGUGUAUGAUAUCUUUUGAAGCAUUCUUCUAGGUGCAAUGCUGGCUGCCGAGAACAUGUUUCAUAGUUUCUUUUCGGCCUCCUUUAUUCUUCUUUAUGUCUGUACAGACUGCAGUCAUUAUGGUUGUUUCCAGGAAAUUUGUUUUUAACAUAAAUUUUCCAUUGAGGCAUUCAUCAUCAGAAGUUGAUAGGCAGCUUUGCUCGUGACUUCCCCUUCCCUCUUCUCCCAACGAGCCUCUGAUAGCCCUUCUGUGAAACGAUUUGUAUGAAGGAACAUUGAUGUUGUUGUUGCAAGACUUUUUGUACAACACAUAAUGGUUUAUUAAUACAACUUCCAACAACCAAAUAUGCAGCAUUAUGAGGCACAACACAAACAGAAAGUGUGUUGAGUGGGACUUGACAUCAGAGUGGAAAACAAAAAUCUUUUUGUCAACUCCUGCUCAACAUAAGGGUCCAAAAGGGUUAAAGUUAUUAUCCUCCAGAGAAAGCCUAAUCGAUUCUCAAGCACUUUUUAUCCAUCUGCAGAAUUGAGAAACUUCCCAUUGCUUUAUCUUUCCUCUUGGGAUAUAAUUGUGGUUUUCCUCUGCCAUGCACCUCGUAAUACUGUUUAACCGCUACCUUGAAAGAGUGAUUGAUGCACACAUCCAGAGACUGUGGAACAAGGUUAAACCUCCUGGGAUUUUCACAUUCCUUUUUCCCCUUAUUUAAUGGUUUACUUAAUCUGUGGUGUCGCCACGGGAACUGUCUAGUACUAACGUGUAGGGCAAGUUUAGUGCACCAGGGUGAUGUUGCCAAACUCUUGUUACCUAGUGCUGCACAAGGUUGUUGUCCAUUCAACUAUUGAGUCGGCUUUCACAAUAAUGCCAGUCAUCAUUUCAAAAAAAAGAUUUAAUACAUUUUGGAAUUGGUUUUCGCUAAAAAAUAACAAAGGUAGGCAACUUCCUUCAACGUCCUUCUCUCUGCAGUAACACAGAGCAUAUGUACAUUGCAGCUUUCCAUAGCCUCUUGUUCUCACCAUGAAGGUUUAUUCUCCGUAUAAUUUUAAAUUCAUGGACAAAUACUAAAAUGAUAAAAUUAGACCAGAAACCUUUAAAAAAUUGAACUUGCAUACAAAUAAAACUCGAGUAACGCGUACAUUAGAAUGAAAAAUAAAAAUAAGAAACUGUAAAGCAAAUGCAAUACUAAAAUGAAAAUACACCUUUUGUGUCCUCGGUACAGCUAAUAGCUUCUCACCAUGAUCAGUAUUAUCCGCGCACGUUUCCUUGAGCCCUCGCUUCGCUUGUUGCGAGAGGAGUGGGGAGUAUUGGUUAUUUU